UUUAAUUAGAGUGCUCAAAAUGGCGGUUCUUGGCUCUCUUUAUUUUACAAUUGUCUUGUUUAUUUCUUGUAGAUCUCAGAAUACUUCAUCAGUGUUCCCUGGUUCUGGUGAUGAUGAAUCUAGUGUUCUUCUUUUACCCACCCUUACCUCCUCUGUCUUCUAUUUCUCCUCCUCCUCUACUCGCUCCUCCUCUACUAGUAUCUCUACUACUAGUGUUAGUACCAGCAAUCCUUCAGUCACUGUUAUCAAUGCUUCCCCGACUCCAACAAAUUCAGUGCCAACGAUUAAUGAUUUCAAUUUAAUUGAUGAAUUCAGCUCAGUCAGUGACUGUUCCUGUGAUAUUACAGUUUCAUUAUGUGAUGUCUAUUGUUGCUGUGACACUGAUUGUACCACUGACGAUAUAUCAUCUUUUACCAGCUGCAGCAACAUUCAAACUGAGACCUCCAUAAGUCGUUGUCUGCCAGUGUCGGUUUUAUUUCGUACGUCAUUACUAAGUACAAGUGGGUCAGAUCUCUUCUGCAUAUACACUGAUAAUUAUCCUGGCAGAUUAAUGUUCACCCCAUCAACUCUUAUUAAUGAUAUAAACGAUUUUAAUACUCAGUUAUCCUUGUUUCAAAGAACUGGUGACCGGUUGACCACUGUACCUACAUACAUACCAUUGUACCCUCCCAGUAACCCUGGCCAAUAUGAAUCAGGCGAUUUAUUGAGUACCAGCAGUAGAGGGUAUUUAACUUUACCCUCUCCUCUUAACGGAGACCUGUGUCAUGACGGGAACCCAAUCACUUAUCUCAUUGAUCAGAGAUCAGUCUGUUCACGCGUGUUAUCUCAAACUGGAUCAGAUUGCGUUAAUGGAUCAUAUCUUGAUCCUGUCAGCUAUUACGAUAAUAUAUCAAUAUUAGUGAUUUCUGGAUCAGAAUCAACAGCUAAUCAGAUCAUAUCAUGUAAAGACGUUAACAGUCAAUCAGUAUCAUGCUCACGUCCCUAUUAUAAUGGCUCUCACUGCAGCAAUGUGCUGAGGGGUCUGGAGUAUGUGAUAUUUCACAAUGGAACCCAGGGGGUCACACUUGUUAAUAUUAGCAUUACAGUACAGGAUGGUGUCCCAGCUGGUAGUACUGUCUAUCAAGAGUAUUCUGUGAGGUUCAUAUCAGCAGCUGCUAAUGUUUCCGAUUACAUACUAAAGAGGUCAGGGGCUCCAGGAUAUAUUGAUGGGGCUCCAGUUCUAAUGGGACAGUUGGUUGGUGGUACAGUAACUCUACCUCUUCAUGCCAGCAGCUGGUUGACCCUAGCUAGGGGAGGAGGAGGAGGAGGAGAAUGUACUAAUGAAGUUAGAGAAAGUGUCACUUUUCGGGAUAGUAUCAAGACGUCUUGUGUCUUCAGGCUAUCUUCAAGUUCGAUUACUGAUGGUUGUACCAAUGUGUCCACUCAAACUCUUAAUUUAUUGAGAGGCGUGGCAGUGGGUGGAGCCAGUACUAACAUGAUGAUUGGUGUCUAUGGAGACUCUGAUCCGAACAAUGGGACUGAAUGGGUACAGCUGCUUGGCUACUCCGACCUCCCUCCAUCCACUGAUUGCUCGUCUGUCAUUACUGGUAUUCAUUAUUAUUUAUUUUAUUCGUUUGAGGGAAGCAUUGACACGCCCACUGCUUUAAUUACCGGCGGAAAAGUCGAAUACAUAACACAAGACAUCACAUCAACGUGUUUUGGAGCUCAUUGUUCCAAUAAAGUAUCGUUAUAUUCCAGUGUCAGUUUCAUUCCUGUCUACACAGUUCCUGAGACUGUGUUGAAAACUGCAUCCAUUACUGAUAGAACUAAACUACCUAACGAUUUCUUAUACCCGCUCCUAGGCACUAGUGGAGUGGGCGGAGUAGGAGGUGGAGCUAUGUGGAUAAUAAUAACAUUAAUAAGCAUUAUGACAGUAUUUUUUAGCUAAUUAAUUAUUCAUUAGCAUAUUGACCACA